CCCCCCCCCCCCCCCCCCCCCCCCCCCCCCCCCCCCCCCCCCCCCCCCCCCCCCCCCCCCCCCCCCCCCCCCCCCCCCCCCCCCCCCCCCCCCCCCCCCCCCCCCCCCCCCCCCCCCCCCCCCCCCCCCCCCCCCCCCCCCCCCACCCCCCGCCCCCCCCCCCCCCCCCCCCCCCCCCCCCCCCCCCCCCCCCCCCCCCCCCCCCCCCCCCCCCCCCCCCCCCCCCCCCCCCCCCCCCCCCCCCCCCCCCCCCCCCCCCCCCCCCCCCCCCCCCCCCCCCCCCCCCCCCCCCCCCCCCCCCCCCCCCCCCCCCCCCCCCCCCCCCCCCCCCCCCCCCCCCCCCCCCCCCCCCCCCCCCCCCCCCCCCCCCCACCCCCCCCCCCCCCCCCCCCCCCCCCCCCCCCCCCCCCCCCCCCCCCCCCCCCCCCCCCCCCCCCCCCCCCCCCCCCCCCCCCCACCCCCCCCCCCCCCCCCCCCCCCCCCCCCCCCCCCCCCCCCCCCCCCCCCCCCCCCCCCCCCCCCCCCCCCCCCCCCCCCCCCCCCCCCCCCCCCCCCCCCCCCCCCCCCCCCCCCCCCCCCCCCCCACCCCCCCCCCCCCCCCCCCCCCCCCCCCCCCCCCCCCCCCCCCCCCCCCCCCCCCCCCCCCCCCCCCCCCCCCCCCCACCCCCCCCCCCCCCCCCCCCCCCCCCCCCCCCCCCCCCCCCCCCCCCCCCCCCCCCCCCCCCCCCCCCCCCCCCCCCCCCCCCCCCCCCCCCCCCCCCCCCCCCCCCCCCCCCCCCCCCCCCCCCCCCCCCCCCCCCCCCCCCCCCCCCCCCCCCCCCCCCCCCCCCCCCCCCCCCCCCCCCCCCCCCCCCCCCCCCCCCCCCCCCCCCCCCCCCCCCCCCCCCCCCCCCCCCCCCCCCCCCCCCCCCCCCCCCCCCCCCCCCCCCCCCCCCCCCCCCCCCCCCCCCCCCCCCCCCCCCCCCCCCCCCCCCCCCCCCCCCCCCCCCCCCCCCCCCCCCCCCCCCCCCCCCA